GAAUGGAACUCCCUCUCUCAACAGAAAACUUACAUCUGCCCCUCAUCUUUCUCUCUCUUCUUUCUCUCUCUACAGCCUAGCAAUGGCAAACCCAACUCCUGUGAAGCCUCGUCUUGCUGAUGAGCUUGACAUUGUGAUCCCCACCAUUAGAAACCUUGAUUUCUUGGAGAUGUGGCGGCCAUAUUUCCAACCAUAUCACCUGAUCAUAGUUCAGGAUGGUGAUCCAUCAAAGGUCAUUAAGGUCCCGGAAGGUUUCGAUUACGAGCUCUAUAAUCGCAAUGAUAUCAAUCGAAUCCUUGGACCCAAGGCGUCGUGCAUCUCCUUCAAGGAUUCGGCGUGUCGGUGCUUCGGAUACAUGGUUUCGAAGAAGAAGUACAUCUUCACCAUUGAUGAUGAUUGCUUUGUGGCCAAGGAUCCAAGUGGGAAGGAGAUCAAUGCUUUGGCUCAACAUAUUCAGAACUUGUUGACUCCCUCAACCCCUUUCUUCUUCAACACCCUCUAUGAUCCAUAUAGAGAAGGUGCUGAUUUCGUUCGAGGUUACCCAUUUAGCUUGAGGGAGGGUGCCCCCACUGCUAUCUCUCAUGGCCUCUGGCUCAACAUCCCUGACUAUGAUGCACCCACUCAGCUCGUCAAACCCCUCGAACGCAACACCAGGUAUGUUGAUGCGGUUCUCACCAUCCCAAAGGGCACGUUGUUCCCAAUGUGUGGGAUGAAUUUAGGAUUUAACAGGGAGCUCAUUGGCGCUGCCAUGUAUUUUGGUUUGAUGGGAGAUGGCCAACCCAUUGGUCGUUAUGACGAUAUGUGGGCUGGCUGGUGUUGCAAGGUGAUCUGUGACCAUCUUGGUCUUGGGGUUAAGACAGGGUUGCCAUACAUUUGGCACAGCAAAGCAAGCAACCCAUUUGUGAACCUGAAAAAGGAAUACAAGGGCAUAUUUUGGCAAGAGGAGAUCAUCCCUUUCUUUCAAUCUGCAACUCUCCCUAAAGAUUGCACCACUGUUCAAAAAUGUUACAUUGAGCUCUCAAAGCAAGUCAAAGAGAAGCUUGGACCUGUCGAUCCCUAUUUUAUCAAGCUGAGUGAAGCCAUGGUCACUUGGAUUGAAGCUUGGGAUGAGCUCAACCCACCUGCGGGCUCUGCCUCUAAACCCCAAGAAGUUGCCAAUGGAGCCCCCACCAAACCCAAAUAAAUGAGCUCCUCUCUUUCCCUCUUACUUACUGGUGUCCCCAUUUUUAUGUUAGAGAUUGCUAUAUGCAAUUCUUAUUUGCUUUCUUUGUCUAAUUUGUAGUAUCCUGAGGAAUUUUUGCUUGUAGGUGGACUAGUUGCAGGUUCUAUUUGGUUUAGGCUUUAGCCAUUGCUAUUUGGAUUCAGUUCAUUUUUGGUUAUUGCCUUUUUGAGUUUAAAGCUUAGCAGCCAAUGUAAUCUUUAAUAUAUUUUUCCCACGAGGAAAUGGAAGAUGGAUUCGGUUGUUUAAAUGUUUCA